AUGGAAGAUGAUGGCCACGAUGGGGUCGAGGUGGAGGUUGGAGGAACCUCCUCGUCGGUGCCAUCGCCCGAAGAGCACCAGGCGCAGGAUUCCCUGAUCGAUGUAGAUGAGGGUGGGCCGCAGAAGAGCGAAGUUCUGCAAUCGACUACCGAGGCGACUAGGGCUGGCGAACAAGGCAGCCGGCAGCCCACAGCAACGACAGCCACGGCAUGCGAUUCUAGCCCUUGCUACGGCCCUCAGGUGCAAGCCGCAACAGUGCCAAGAGCAAACGAAGAAGAGGAGAUGAAGCAGGGAGGUGCGAGCUCUGGCGCUGAGGAAGAAUCUCGACAACAAGAUGAAACGGGCAACGAGGUGCCACACGAAGCUGCGUCGCGAGAGCCUCGCCUCGAUGGGGCCGCGCCACCCGCCUCGCCCACUACAUCCGAUGCCAACCACCGUACCGAGCAAACUCGUGGAGAGAUUGAACCGAACGAGGAAGAACGCGUAGACGGAAGCGAGAACCGCACGAGCGACAACGUCACAGCCAGCGAAGUAGACGGGCAACAGGCGGAGGGCAAGACGGAGGAGGCAUCAUCAUCACCAGCGGCCUCGCCCUUGGACGGUGUAAAGGGCGGCGCUGCUAUUGCUGAAGACAAAGCGAACGCAGAGGUGAAGCGAGAGGGAGAAGAAGAAGAUAGAGCGGAGAAAGACGGGGGAGAGGAAGAGGUGGUGGAGGAGGAGGAGGGAGAGGAAGAAGACGACGGACGCGGCCCGCCACCGCCCAAGGGGUCGGAGGUGUUUGUAGGCGGCUUGCACCGUGACGCCACCGAGGACGACGUGAGGGAGGUCUUUGCGAAGAUCGGCGACAUCUACGAGGCAAGCACGAUCUUCCCCCCAGCUCGUCUCCGUUUGAUGCGCGAUCCGAAGACGGGAGCCAGCAAGGGCUACGCCUUUGUGCGCUACAUGGAACCCACUUUCGCCGAACUCGCCGCCGAUCAGCUUAGCGGCUACCUUAUCAUGGGUCGUCCGGUCGGGGUGCUCGUGUCGCAGGACAACCAAUCGCUCUUCGUGGGCCACAUCAGCCAGGACUGGUCUCUCGAGCAGCUCGAAGCUCACCUCAAGGAAGCGGGCAUCCGGGGCGUGGACCACAUCAUCUUCCAGCAUGACCCGAUGAACCCGACGAGGAACAGAGGGUUUGUGUUCAUUGAGUUCAAGAGCCAUCAUGAAGCGGCGAGAGCGCACGGGAAGAUGACCCGCGCCGACUUCCGGCUGAGCGGGCAGAAGGUCCGCGUGGACUGGGCCGAGCCCUUGAACGAGCCCGGCGAAGACGUCAUGUCUCAGGUCAAAUCAAUCUAUGUGGCCAACCUGCCGCUGGAGGUGGACAACGAGCUGAUCACAACGCUCUUUGGCGAGUACGGGAAGAUCGAGCGAAUAGUCCUCUCCAAGAACCUGCCCACCGCGAGGCGAAAGGACUUCGCGUUUGUCAAUUACGAAGAACGGGCAAACGCACUCAAGGCCAUCGACGGCAAGCACGGCUUUGAAGUACAGGGACGAACGCUGCAGGUGACGUUGGCGAAGCCGGUGGACGACACGACGAAGCAGGCCAAGGGGAAGAAGGGACCCUGGAAGGGAGGCGCGCCGACCGAUCGAGACGGUGGCUUCCCGCCCCGCCACGGUACGCGAGGCGACCGAACGGGCCGGGGAGGCGGCAUGGCGGGUCGAAUGAGGGACGGACGAGGAGGUGUGAGAGGGCUGAACAGAAUGCGAUCACCGCAUGAUGACGACAUGCCGCCGUACGCGUACGACAGCGACGGGCUGCCAUCGCCGGGGCUCAUGACGCCGCCGCCGCUCGAGAUCGCCCUGUCGCCUCUCGGUAGCGGCAUGCUGCCCCCGCCUUCGCCCGCGGGCGUCAUCGUCGUCCCUACGCCGGCUCCCGGUGGCGGUGGGCUCACGUUCCGUUGCGAGCUGUGUGACCUCGGGCUCAACUCCGAGAGCCAGCUGAUGCAGCACUUCCAGGGACGCCAGCACUUCAAGGCCCAGCAGCUCCAGCAACACACGCGACAACCACCCAUCAAUUACCCACCACCGAGCUACGCGGGGCCGGCGAUGCCGUUCGACUCGUCGCCGAUGAUGGGCAAGCGCAAACGCAUGCCGCCAGCGGGACACCAGGGAUUCGCACGAAACCCCAGGCAGAGGUCGGAUGAUCACACCGUCGGGGUCCCGCCGUCCGGUUAUCUCGGAGGACACCAGCACCACCUUCCGACGGCCGACCUCUACGCACCGCCGCCAUCGUAUCCGCACCACUACUCUCCAUCUCCGCCUCCGCCUCCGGCCCCUCACCACUAUCACUAUCACCACACGCCCUAUGCCGCACCGCACCCGCCCUCUCCGGGACCCGUCUACUACGCUCCCUCGCCGCCGUCGCCACCCGACUAUUAUGGCGGUUAUGGGCAAGCUUACGGGGCGGGCUAUGCGAGUGGUGGCUACGGCGCACCUGCUUAUGGAGGGCAGUAUCCGCAGUACCCUCCUCCCCAGGCCUAUCCGGCCUAUUCGCAAACCUACGUUCAGUACACCCCGGUCGUUACAAGUGCUGGUGCAGCUGGUGUGCAACGCCGUGGGCAGCUAUGA